AUGGGAGGUCAUCAAACAGCUAACCACACUGCUAGGAAGGUUCUUGAUGAUAGAUUCUAUUGGCCGACCAUUUUUCGGCAUGCUAGAGCAUUCGUACAGGUUUGUGAUGCAUGCCAAAGGUUAGGUAACAUCUCUGCUAGUGAAGAGGUGCCCCAAACGAGCAUUCAAGCGGUUGAGAUUUUUGAUGUUUUGGGCAAUGACUUUAUGGAGCUCUUUCCUUCUUCUUUUGGCAAUAAGUAUAUCCUUGUCGUUGUUGAGUAUUUCUCUAAGUGGCUGGAAGCGCAGGCUUUCCCGACUGAUGAUACUAGAGUCGCUACUAAGUUCCUUAAGUGA